GCGGUAGUGUAGGAAAGUUCCGGAAAGUUCGCCAUUGCUGCUGAGGAGGGGACUUUUGCGUGGAAAAAUCGAGAAAAGUACAUUUUUAGGACACAAAGCCACAAGAAAACUUACUCAAGAUUGCUGCAGCACCUCCGGCAGACCAUGACGCGUGGUAAUCAGCGUGAUUUGGCCCGUGCUAAGAAUCUCAAGAAGCAGUCUGAGAAGCAGAAGGGCAAACGAGAUGACGGCCUGACGGUGGAACAGAGGAAACAAAGGGAUGCCGAAGUGAUGCGUGAAAAGCAGAAAAAGAAGGAAGAUGCCAAUGCUAGUGGAUCGAAAGCUGCAUCCGGAAGCAGAUAGAGGCCUAACUUAAAGAUGAGCGUCCGGAAACAUCAGCACAGUCUCCAGCUUCAUUGUAAUAAUCCUCCCGAUGUUCCCUCUUUCUUACUCUCUCCCGGACACUCUCAGGAUUGACAAGAAAAUUGUAUGAAGAAAAAUAAAAGUGGAUUUUAUUACCAGAA